AUGGAGAAGCAAUUUUUGGGCCUAGAGCUGCAGCAUGUGCCCCAUGGCACAAACAAGGAAGCCGACGACAUCACCAAGAGGGCAUCCAAGCGCCAGCCACAGGAACCCGGCGUCUUCGAGGAGCGGCUCUUCAAGCCUUUCGCGGUCCCUCCGGCUGCGGAGUCCGCGCCGCCUCGAGAGGAGCUUCCCCCGCCACCGGCCUCAGGAGCCCCGGCCCGCGGCCCGACCUCUGGAGUGCGCCUACUCCUCGCGCUCGAACCUCAGGAGGGGUGUUGGACUGAAGAGUUCAGGGCGUACCUAGGGCAAGUAAUACUACCGGAGAAGGAGGAGGACGCGGAGCGCGUGGCCCGGCAGGCGACAACAUACUGCAUCCGGUGUGGUGAGCUAUAUAGAAAACGACCAAACGAUGUUUCCUUGUGA